AAUGCCAACAAUAGCUGACUAGCAUAGCUCGAGCUAGCAUUGUUCAAUCGAUUGAUUCAAUUUCAUCCCAACCAACAUCAUGAGCUUUCGGGAAUUCCUGCAGGAGCUCUCGGCUGUGGACGAUCGUUUCCGUCCGACCUCGGCUGGAAUCGACACUGCCAAACUGGCGCAAGACGCUACUGACAGAGGGAAACCUCAGGUGUUUCAAGCGUGGUUGCCACCACCAGUUAUCAACAGAACGGGCUUCAUCCAAAUGCACGAAGAGCAAAUGAAGCUCAUUCAGAACCGCAAGCGUAGCAAAGGGAACACCGUCGUUGUUAGCUCGAACUCCACGAUACGACCACAUGCUCAACAUGGUCCGUUCCCUCCACUCUCAUCUCUCCGAGUAACCACUUUGAGAGAAGUUGCUACGAAAGUCAACCAUAUCCACGAUGAUUGCAUUCUGUUUGUCAAAACAAUCUUUGACUCCCAUCGCAUCGUCGGAACCAACCUCCUGGUGGAGGACUCAUGUGGCGACUGCCUGCUUUUCUCCCUCUACAACUUUGUUGCUCCCGAGGAAGAUCCACAAGAUGUCUUCCCGAAGGGAACGUAUCUGGCAAUCUUAGCACCCUACAUGAAGAAUUCGGGCGAUGAUCCCAACAGAAACCUUCUCCUUCGCUGCGACAACCCCGAAUGCAUCCGUAUCUUCACGUCUCAUCGAUCAUGGCUUGCGGGCAUGCGAGGAAAGAAGCUGAUCGACACCAGAGGGCUGGAUCCCUCUCAGCUGCGGAAGCAAGGCAACGAAGCCUUUGGCGAAGAACGAUACCCUGUAGCAGCUCGGUGCUAUACCCGGGCUCUUGACUGCCCCAGCAUUGAGGAUGCCGACAAGGUGGCUUGCUUGAGCAACCUAGCAGAAGUCAAUUUGCGGCAAGAGCUAUGGGAGGCUGCGGGAGAGAACGCCAGGGCUGUGCUGGCAUUAGACCACACUCACACGAAGGCAAAGUAUCGCCUUGCUACAGCACUUGUACGUCUCAAUCGAUUUGAGGAGGCCGUACAAGUAAUAUCCGGUGAAAUGGAAAAGAUCUUUCAGCGCCUCCGGAAGGAUAUUGCCGAGCUCCUGAAAGAGCAGGCGGGGCAAUACAAGUUGAAAAAGAUUCACAAGGAAGCGGCAUCGAAACCAAACCAUCGAUUGGCCAAGUUCCAUGCCAACUUUGUAUCGCCAAAGAUCGAGACAGGAGUAGAGAUUGUCAAAGAACGACAAGGUUUCACCUACAGGGGUUGUAUCGCCACGGAACGCAUCGACGCAAACACGCUCAUAUCAUCCUCCAGAGCUUUGGUGUUUUGCCAAGAACAAGCGAACGCUCUCGACUAUUGUGUUGACCCUUACACCAAGAGAUUCCUCAAAGGUUCGUCCAUGGCGCUGGAGAACAAGUUGAUUCUCUUGAUGUAUCAGCGCCCUGCCUUGAGGGAAAGCAUUUACAAUUUGUCCUCUGGUCUGGAACAUGCCUCAAACCCCAGUUGCAAGAUUGAUAUCAAACGUAUUGGAGGGAUCGUGACAAGUAAUACCUUUGGAAUAUCCGCCGUCGAUGGAGUCGAGGAGACCUGGGAAAAGUUCAAACAGACCAGCCAAUGCCUCGAGCCUUUGUCUGGCCUCCAAGAAGAAGAAGCUUGGGAGCAGCAAUUCAUAAACGGGUCGGGCUUCUGGACACAAGAAUCGUUGUUCAAUCAUUCCUGCAUUCCAAACUGCACAUGGAAUCAGAUUGGCGAUCAGAUGUUUGUCUCGACCACCCAAGACAUUGAAGCGGGCCAAGAAUUGACUCUGAGUUAUGUGAGUUUGGACUUGUCAUUUUCGGAUCGAGAGGAGAAGUUUCGCCACUGGAUUCAGCCCGACCAUGGUUUUCAGUGUGAAUGCGAUUGGUGCCACAGCAUUCGCAGCUCUCCGAAAUUGGCCAAGACCGAGAGGACGGUUCAUGCAGCGUAUCGAAAAGCAGCCCAAUUGGUUUCCUCGGGGCACCACGUCACGCGGAUGCAUGCAGCCGCAGAGCUUGCCAUGCCAUCCGCGGAACGACAAGUAGCAUUUGACACCUUCUCAUCCUUGCCUCUUGCUUUGCAGCACAAUGCAUGUGCCGAUCUCUGGGUAAUGGAGGGAGCGUGUCAAGCGCACAAGGGAAACCAUCCAGGUGCGCUCGUAGCUUAUGAAAAAGUAGCGGCCAUCAAGUUUGCGGUUCGAGGAGGCUUUAGCAUUGAACGAGCAAAGGAUCUUUGGAGGAUUGUUGGAGCAUCCAUGGCGAACCAGAAUCCAGGUCGGGCCUUGGAGCUAUUGAUCAGCAUUUAUCAUGACGUGUUUUUGCCGUCAUCAGUAUCGAACAUGUACGAAGCCUUUCGUGUAUUGACCUUGCACUAUUCCAUGCCUUGGUGGCAAGAUUCUUUCGAUGUGCAGAAGCAGACAGUGAUGGAGCGGUUGAUUGAGAGAGCCGUGAGAAGUGCAACCACAUCUUAGAACGUCCCAAUCUUCUUCUUUUCUUCGCAUCAUCUGUCUAGCUAGUCAGCCUGCUGCUUAGAAAAGAUACGAUAAUAGAAUCUCGAGAGUCACAUGAAACUCCACCAGAACUGUUUCGUCGCCUGCUCAGGAUACCAGCUAGCUGACGGCAGCUCUUCUUUUGUGAUGUUCUGGCUUGCAAGGAUGUGUUUCUGGCGUCCCGCCUUUUUAAACGGCUUGAGAGGGGCAGUGUAGCAGUCUGAUGGGACCAGUGCUUGGUACAUGAUGUAGUAAGGG